AAAGCUCUUCAACUUACACCUGCUCUUCCCAUCCAGCUCCUCUUCGGAGCCCACACAUCUUCGACCUUCCAAAGCUCCUCUAUGGCUCAACCACGUCACUUCUCCAACUGAUUAUUCUUGGAUUCAACUACUUCACCUAGCUCAGCACCAAAAGUCUUCAAACUUACACCAGGCUCAUCAACUUACACCAGCUCCUCUUCGAGAACAAACCCCAACCACUUCUUCGACUUCCCAAGUCUCCUCUUAUGGAUUCAACCACGUCCACUUCCUCCCACUCUCCUCUUCGGAGCCCACCACUUCUUCGACUUUCCCAGCUCCUCCGAUGGAUUCAACCACUCCACUUCUCCUACGAUACCACCUCUGUGGAAUUCAACGACUUCACCUAGCUUCCAGCACCAGUGGAGGAACAAGCUCGUCUUCAAGCUACUCCAGCUCUUCCACAGACUCUCCCAACGUGAACUACCAUACGGACACAACCACUCUUCAAGCUUUUCACAAUCCUCCUGGAUUCGACACUUCUCCAACUGAGGACCACCACGCCUCUACUUACUCACAACUCCAUCAACUUACACCAGCUCCUCUCGAGUCCCACCACUUCUCGACUGUUUCCCAAGCCCUCUAUGGAUUCAACACCACGUCCACUUCUCCACUGAUACCUCUGUGGAUUCCAACUACUUCACCUACCCAGCACCACUUUUCCCCAUCAUCCUUGGAUUCGGACACUUCUCCAACUGAGAACACAGCUCCUCUACUUACUCAGCUCUUCCAUAAGAAAUCUUCAACGUACACCAGCUCUUCACUUACACCAGCUCCUCUUCGUAGCCCACCACUUCUGUCGACUUUCCCAAGCUCCUCUAUCUCCUCUUCGAGCCCACACUUCCUCGACUUUCCCAACUCCUCUAUGGAUUCAACCACGUCCAAACUUCUUCCAACUGAGGACACCAGCUCCUCUACUAACUCAAGGCUCUUCCAUAGAAAGCUCUUCAAUUACACCAGCUCUUCUACUAUACACCACUCCUCUUCGGAGCCCACCACUUACCUCUUUCGACUUCCAAGCUCCUCUAUGGAUUCAACCACGUCCACUUCUCCACUGAAUACACUUGGAUUCACAACUGAUAACCUCCAACCUUCACCUAGCAUUCCAGCAACCAGUGAAGGAACAAGCACGCUAUUCAAGCUACACCAGUCUUCCACAGGACUCUCACAACUGACACCAGUCACCACCAGUGAGGAAACAGCACUUCUUCAAGCUACUCCUACUCGUUCCACAGACUCUCCAACUGACACAUUAACGACAUUACAACUCACUUACUUCAAAGGCUUUUUACCACAAAUCCCCAUCCUUGAUUCGACCACUUUCCCAACUGCGGACAACCAGCUACCAUACUUACUCAAGCACUCCAUAAAAGCUCUUCAACUUACACCAGCUCUUCAACAUACUCCAGCUCCUCUUCGUAGCCCACCACUUCAGUCGAACUUUCCCAAGCCCACUAAUGGAAUCAACCACGUCACUUCCUCCAACAGAUACCUCUGUGGAUUCAACACUUCACCUAGCCCCCAGCACCACUUUUCCACAUCAAGCCUUGGAUACGACCACUUCUCCCCACUGAGGACAACCAGCUCCUCUACUUACGCAAAAGCUCUUCCUUAUAAACUCUUCAACUUACAAACCAUCUCUUCAACUUACUACCACUCAACUCUCGGGAGCCCCCACUUCUUCGAAUUUCCCAAGCUCCUCUAUGGAUUCACCACGUUUCCACUUCUCCAACUGAUACCUCUGUGGAUCAACUACUUACCUAAGCUCCAGCACCAUGAGAAAACAAGCAACGUCUUCAAGCACUCAGCUCUGUCCAAAUAA